ACGCCUGGAAGGGCGGGGGAGGCGAAGAUGGCGGCUUCCGCGGCCGGCCUGGGCGGUGGCGCGGGCCCAGGCCCCGAACCGGGAGAUUUCCUGGCGCGCUACCGCCAGGUGUCCAACAAGCUCAAGAAGCGGUUCCUGCGGAAGCCGAACGUGGCGGAGGCCGGCGAGCAGUUCGCACAACUCGGCCGUGAGUUGCGCGCCCAGGAGUGCCUGCCGUACGCGGCCUGGUGCCAGCUGGCGGUGGCGCGCUGCCAGCAGGCGCUCUUCCAUGGGCCCGGCGAGGCGCUGGCGCUGACCGAGGCCGCGCGCCUCUUUCUGCGGCAGGAGCGCGACGCGCGCCAGCGCCUGGCCUGCCCCGCCACCGCCGGGGAGGCCCUACAGGCCGCUGCAGCCGCGCUGGGCGCUGCCGUGCGCCUGCACCUGGAGCUCGGGCAGCCGGCCGCGGCCGCCGCGCUCUGCCUCGAGCUGGCGGCCGCCCUGCGCGACCUGGGCCAGCCGGCCGCCGCCGCCGGCCACUUCCAGCGCGCCGCGCAGCUGCAGCUGCCCCAGCUGCCCCUGGCCGCCUUGCAGGCGCUCGGCCACGCCGCGUCCUGUCAGCUGCUGGCACGGGACUACAGCAGCGCGCUGGCACUCUUCACGCACAUGCAGCGCCUGGCGCGGGAGUUUGGCGGCCCCCCGCCACAGCCCCUGCCGCCGCCGCCCCCACCGCCCGGGCCGCAGUCCGCCGCCCCCGCGGCCCUCGCCCCGCCGCUCCAGUCCGGCGCUGGGCCGCCAGCCACCGCCGCCCCGGCCACGCUGGGUGCCUUCGCCGACGUGCUGGUCCGCUGCGAGGUGUCCCGCGUGCUGCUACUUCUGCUCCUGCAGCCGCCGCCCGCCAAGCUCCUGCCGGAGCACGCGCACACCCUGGAGAAGUAUGCCUGGGAGGCUUUCGACGGCCACGGGCAGGACAGCAGCGGCCCGCUGCCCGAGGAGCUAUUCCUGCUGCUUCAGUCCUUGGUCAUGGCCACACAUGAGAAGGACACGGAGGCCGUCAAGUUGCUGCAGGUAGAGAUGUGGCCCCUGCUGAGCGCCGAGCAAAACCACCUCCUGCACCUCGUUCUUCAGGAAACUGUCUCCCCGUCGGGCCAGGGGAUCUGAUGAAUCCCUGAGAGGAACCCAGCCACGCUGUGCCUGUUCCUGAAACUCACGCACCGGCCUGCGCGUUUGCGGGAGCACGAAAGAUCUUGAUCCUGGCGCUUCUGCCUCUGCAGUGCAUCUUGUCUUGCCACCGGAGGAAUGUAGUUGACUAAAGUCACCUUGUUUCCAUGACAGUGACAGAAAAAAAAAAAAAAACCAACAACAUAUAAUCAAAUCGGAGGACACAGCUCACCUCACCAGAAAUUUCAAUAUAAACUGGAGAAUCCCUUGGGUCCCUUUCACCCAACUCUCCCCCCCACCCCGCCAAGGCUUCCCUUUCCCCGCAUCCUUGUUUCACACAGGAUUUAUUUGAAUAGCUCUGGCUCAGAACUCUAGCUGCAUGAUCUUUUCAUGGUGACACUGAUUUCUUAGCAUAUUCCGAUGUCUGCUUGCGUGAUCACCCAUUUCCUCCUUUCUUUCAUGUGCCUCAUACGUAGUAUUUGUUGGAAUCGUUGUAUUCAGUCCUCCGCGGUUGUCACUACAGCCCUCAAUCUAUGAUAAAGCCUUUCUGACAUUCCUGA